AUGGCGGAGGAGGUCGCCCAAUUAAGGGACUUGGUCACUCAGCUGCAAGCGGAGAAUCAACACAUGCGUCAAGAGCGAGAGGCUCACCUGCCUUGGCCCAACACCCAGGGGCGGACUGGGGAAAAAAGUGGCCCGGGAGUUUCUGUCAGACCGGCCCACUCAAUACACGGCGCGCGGCCCACUAAGUACACGCCGCGUUGCCCACUCAAUGGAUCGCGCGUAUCGAACAGGCUGAUGGGCGUGGGCCGGUACAUAAUAGCGAUGGGCCGGAGGGUUUAUAUUUUGGGCCAUCGGCCCACCGGGGAUGUCCCCGGUAUUCCCGAUGGCCAGUCCGCCCCUGCCAACACCUCCUCAGCUCCUGGACUCUCUUCAGCUCCUACACGGACCAAGCGCUCUUCAUCUAUGAUCACCUGGAGGGAGAAGCAAGAGAAGAAAUUAAAUAUCGGUCCCCAGAAGAAAGGGCAGAUCCAGAUAAGAGAACUAAAGCAGUUUGUCCGGGGCCACCCUACCGCCACCUUGAUAGAGGUCCGUGCUGAGGCUAUUAGAUGGGAACAAGAAGGGAUGCCUGGGGGUGCAAGGGGCAGAAGCUAUUCUGUUCCCAGUGCAUUUGGUUACCAGCAAACUGUACAAGGUAAUCAGUCCAAGCACCAGGGGGCAGGUAACUCGUCCUUCAGUUCUGAGUUGAGUAAACUGAAGGAAAUCCUCCGUAACCAGCAAGAGCAACUGAUCCACCUCACGAAGGGCCUUACAGCCCUUAAGGAAGGCCCUAGAACUCAGUCAGGGCAUGGUACUGCUAGUGAAGCUCACUUUGCCAACUCACCUGAUAACCUUGUGGAGGAGGGGGUAGAAGUUACAGUCUCUUCACAGACUACCAGUUCAGUGCAGGAUAAGGUCGCUGCAGUUGAUUUAACAGCACUCACUCAGGACGAGCAGUGUCAAGUUAGGCUGCUACUGCAGAAAUACAGUGGUAUCUUUUCGGGAGAUUUAGGUUGUACUAACCUAAUUUCUCACGAUGUUCCACUACUAGAUGACGUGCCAGUGCGCCAGCGAUAUCGGCGUAUCCCACCUUCAGAGUAUGAGUCGGCAAAAGCCCACAUUCGCCAACUUCUGGAUGCACAGGUCAUCAGAGAAAGUAGCAGCCCCUUUGCCUCUCCCAUUGUGCUGGUGAAAAAGAAAGACGGCAGCCUUCGGUUGUGUGUGGACUACCGGCUUUUGAACAGCAAGACUCGCAAGGAUGCGUUCCCCUUGCCCCGUAUUGAAGAAUCCCUUGAUGCAUUAUCAGGGGCCCACUGGUUCUCCACAUUGGACCUGGCUGCUGGGUACCAUCAAGUACCUGUCACAGAGAGGGACAAGGCAAAGACGGCAUUCUGUACCCCUUUUGGGUUGUUUGAGUGGAACCGGAUGCCUUUUGGUUUGUGCAGCCCAAGCACUUUCCAAAGAUUGAUGGAGAGGAUCUUUGGGGACCAACAUGGUCAGUCAUUGUUGUUGUAUUUGGAUGAUGUUGUUGUUUUUUCUGCCACUGUGACAGAACAUAUUCAACGCAUGGAUGCCGUGUUGGGUCGCCUACAGCAAGAAGGACUGAAAGCCAAGUUGGAGAAGUGUUCCUUCUUCAGACGAGAGGUGAACUACCUAGGUCACAUCAUUUCUAGAGAAGGUGUAGCCACUGAUCCUGGCAAAAUCGAGGCUGUUGCAGGGUGGCCAAGACCUAACCAUGUGUCAGAGCUGCGCUCUUUUCUAGGAUUUGCCAGCUACUACAGACGUUUUGUGGAGGGGUUUGCAAAGCUGGCAGCCCCUUUACAUCGCCUAGUAGCUCAACUCACUGGCACCAAAGCCCGGAAACCAUUAGGUAGAAGCCUUCAUGCUGCAUGGACAGAGGAGUGUGAGCAAAGCUUCGAGGGGCUGAAGAAAAGGUUGGUGUCAACUCCAGUCCUGGCCUAUGCUAACUUUUCAUCACCCUUCAUCUUGGAGGUUGAUGCCAGCUACAACGGACUGGGUGCUGUACUGUCCCAAGAACAGCAGGGAAAGGUCAGACCUAUUGCCUACGCAAGCCGUGGUCUUAAGCCAACAGAACGCAACAUGACAAACUACAGCUCCAUGAAAUUGGAAUUUCUCGCCCUUAAAUGGGCUAUGACUGAAAAAUUCCGGGACUAUCUAUUGGGACAGAAGUGUGUGGUGUAUACAGACAAUAAUCCCCUCAGCCACCUGUCCACAGCCAAGCUUGGUGCUACCGAGCACCGUUGGGCUGCACAGUUGGCUUCCUUUGACUUUUCCAUCAAAUACAGGCCCGGUAAAAGCAACAAGAAUGCAGAUGCACUUUCCAGGCAACAUCCACCAAGCAUUCAAGCAUCGGAGUAUGUAGCUUCAGGCACAUCAGUCCCGGAAUUGCUACAACAGGUUGUUGUGGAGAAUCGAGUGACCCAGGCUUCUGUUUCAGCUUUCCCUUGCUACUCCCCCCCUGACUUGCAUGGCUUACAGGAAGCUGAUCCAGUAAUCCGAGAGUUCCUGACGUUUUGGACCAGAAAGAGGGCCCCGGAUGCAGCUGAGCGACGGCAGGCCUCCAAAGAAGUCCUGGUGCUGAUCAAACAGUGGGACCGGCUGGUGGAGCAAGGAGGGGUGCUCUAUCGCCGUGUCACCAUCCCUAGAGGAGAUGAAGUGCUCCAGUUAGUACUCCCUACAUCGCUCAAGACACAGGUACUUCAGCAAUUGCACAAUGAACAUGGGCACCAAGGUGUUGAGCGAACAACAGAGCUGGUCCGUCUGAGGUGCUAUUGGCCGGGGAUGCACCACGACAUCAAGCAAUGGUGUCGGGAAUGUGAACGCUGCCAGGUAUCCAAACACACUCAACCUACUGCCUGUGCUUAUAUGGGUCACUUGCUAGCUUCACGUCCAAAUCAGAUCCUGGCCAUCGAUUUCACCAUCCUGGAGCCUUCGAAGAAUGGGGCAGAGAACAUCCUGGUCAUGACCGAUGUCUUUUCGAAGUAUACACAAGCCAUCCCAACUCAUGACCAGCGAGCAUCCACAGUGGGCAGAGUAUUGGUUAAUGAGUGGUUCUGCAGGUUCGGUGUGCCUGGUCGCCUCCACUCUGACCAGGGCAGGAAUUUUGAAAGCAACCUCAUCCAGCAGCUCUGCCAGAUGUACGGCAUUGAGAAGAGCCGCACCACACCCUACCAUCCAGCUGGAAAUGGACAACCAGAGAGGAAGGAGAGUAGUGGAGACGGGCUUGAUCUGAGACACAUGGAAGUCUUCCACUCAUCCCCCUUCCGGAUGCGGACGAGGUGGUACGCAUUGCGCAGAUCCAAUUUGGAGAAAAUGGAGUUCCAUGUUCCCACUGUGUCUUUUCUGGGGUAUGUGAUAGCUAAGGGAGAGGUGCAGAUGGACCCAGCGAAGGUGACUGCUGUGUCGGAGUGGCCAGCUCCGUCCAACUUGAAGCAGCUGCAGCGAUUUCUGGGCUUUGCAAACUUCCACAGGAGGUUUAUCCGCAACUACAGCUGCAUUGCUGCCCCGCUCACUGCACUCACCUCAUCUCCGUUCCGCUGGACUCCCGAGGCAGAGACCGCCUUCGGUGAGCUCAAACGUCGCUUUGUCUCCGCCCCUGUCCUCAUUCAACUGGAUCCAGCCCUUCAAUUCAACGUGGAGGUGGAUGCCUCAGACACAGGGGUAGGUGCAGUUUUAUCUCAGCGCUCUUCUGCAGAUAACAAAUUGCAUCCCUGUGCUUUCUUCUCUCGAAGACUCUCCCCAGCAGAGAGGAAUUAUGAUGUAGGCAACAGGGAGCUUCUGGCAGCAAAGCUGGCAUUGGAGGAAUGGCGCCACUGGCUGGAGGGGGCAGCUCAACCCUUCAUCAUGUGGACAGAUCACAAGAACCUGUCCUUCAUCCAGUCAGCUAAGCGACUGAAUUCUCGUCAGGCAAGUUCACUGCAGAGGAGACCAGCUCCGAUCCUGUCGCCCACCCGCAUUAUUGCUGCUGUCACCUGGGAGAUUGAGUCGCUGGUCAGACAGGCUCAGGAACAACAACCAGACCCAGGUAACGGACCUCUCAACCGCCUGUUUGUCCCCGACUCCGUUCGUUCCCAGGUCCUCCAGUGGGCCCACUCUUCAAACCUUACCUGUCAUCCUGGUAUCCACCGGACACUCGCCUUCCUCCGCCAACAGUUCUGGUGGUCCACUAUGAAUUCCGACACACGGUCAUUUGUUUCUGCCUCUCCUAUAUGUGCCCAAAACAAGUCUUCCUCACGACCCCCGUCUGGAUUCCUUCGACCUCUGCCAAUCCCCAGCCGCCCUUGGUCCCAUAUUGCCGUGGACUUUGUAACCGGUCUCCCCCUGUCUGCAGAUAUUGUGUCAGACAGAGGCCCUCAAUUCACCUCCCAAGUCUGGAAGGCUUUCUGCACUGCCUUAGGAGCCACCACCAGCCUCUCAUCUGGAUACCAUCCCCAGACCAAUGGCCAAACGGAGCGGGCCAAUCAGGAGAUGGAGGACAUGAAUGCAGCCUUUGUCAACAAUCUCUUUAAUCAGCUUCAGCCUCAACAGUUCCUGAAAUCAUCUGCCAGAACACAAACAGCCUCUGAAAACCAGAUGAAGUACCUUCCUCCACCCUCCACCUCCAACCUACAACCUCCACCAUCCGCCUACAACCUCCAACCUCCACCCUCCACCUCCACAACCUACAACCUCCAACCUCCACCAUCCGCCUACAACCUCCACCUCCACCAUCCACCUACAACCUCCACCAUCCGCCUACAACCUACAACCUCCAACCUCCACCAUCCACCUAUAACCUCCAACCUCCACCAUCCGCCUACAACCUACAACCUACAACCUCCACCAUCCGCCUACAACCUCCAACCUCCACCAUCCAACCAUAUCAUUAUUUUAACUCUAGUAUAG